CUAUAGCUAGUGGAAACUCCUCCGUAGAGGCGCGUUUUUACGCCAAAUCACCUCCACGCUGCCAGCACGUGAGGAGAGAGCAGAGACGGUCAGGCUCACACCAAAGACUUUUACACCAACUCUCCCACCUUCAGACAGCACAAUGGCAGAAGAAAAGAUCUCAAUAGAAGAUGUAAAGACGUCCAACGGUGAAGCGCACCAGGCCAACCCGACCAUCGCCAACGGCUUGGGCGAUCACAAGAGGAGCGAGCCGGAGAGCAGAGGGCAGAAGCUGAAACGCUUCGCCAUGGCCAAUCUGCUGGUCAUCCUGACGGUGUCCGCGGUCAUCGGUGGCGUCUUCAUCGGGCUCGGCGUGCGAAGCGCCGGGUUGAGCCGCACGCAGGUCCUUUACUUCGGAUUCCCCGGUGAGCUCCUCAUCCGCUUGCUCAAGAUGAUCAUCAUUCCUCUGGUGGUCUGCAGUCUGGUGUCAGGGGCUGCCAGCCUUGACCCCAAAGCCCUGGGCAAGCUGGGCGGCUGGGCGAUGCUCUUCUUUCUGGUGACCACUCUGAUCGCGUCUGCCAUCGGCGUUAUUAUGGCGUUCAUAAUUCAGCCUGGCUCCAGCGACGGCCAAAAAAUAUCCAACCUCAACCAGGAUGACAUAAAGGUUCCCGAAGCCAAAGAGGUCAUCGAUUCGUUUUUAGACUUGAUAAGAAACAUCUUCCCGUCGAACCUGGUAGCAGCUGCAUUUCAGUCGUAUGCCACUGGUUACAAGAUUAAAAAUAUGACCAGCUCGACCAACUUGACCACCUUCACUGUGGAAAAGACUCCAGUUGGCAAAGAAGUGGAUGGAAUGAACAUCCUGGGUCUCAUCGUUUUUGCCAUGGCGUUUGGUGUGGCCUUGAGGAAACUUGGAGAGGAAGGAGAGAUCCUUAUCAAGUUCUUCAACUCUUUCAAUGAGGCCACCAUGGUGCUGGUCUCCUGGAUCAUGUGGUAUGCACCACUGGGUAUUAUGUUCCUGGUUGCUGCUAAGAUUGUAGAAAUGGAGGAUGUUGGCUUGCUGUUCGCCAGCCUGGGGAAGUACAUUGCCUGCUGCGUCAUUGGCCAUGCCAUCCAUGGUCUCCUUGUCCUCCCGCUCAUUUACUUUGUAAUUACACGGAAAAACCCAUACACUUUCUUGCUGGGAUUGGUCACCGCUUUGGCCACUGCCUUUGGAACGUCCUCUAGCUCUGCCACGUUGCCCCUUAUGAUGAAAUGUGUGGAGGAGAACAACGGUGUGUCCAAGCACAUCAGCCGCUUCAUCCUGCCCAUCGGAGCGACCGUCAACAUGGACGGAGCCGCCUGCUUCCAGUGCGUAGCUGCGGUGUUCAUCGCUCAGCUGAACGGAAUCCCACUGAACUUCGUCCAGGUCAUCACCAUCCUUGUGACUGCGACGGCGUCUAGUGUGGGUGCUGCUGGGAUCCCUGCUGGAGGGGUGCUGACGCUGGCCAUCAUUUUGGAGUCAAUAGGCCUGCCCACCAACGAUCUGUCCCUCAUCUUGGCUGUGGACUGGCUUGUCGACCGCACUUGCACGGUCAUCAAUGUUGAAGGCGACGCCUAUGGAGCAGGUCUUCUGCAGUAUUUCGUGGACCGCACUUCCAGUAAAGAGGGGGCGGAGCUAAAUAAAGUGCGAGUGGAGGAAGAAGACCCCGCCUUCAGGCCAGAAAGUUCUCCGCUCAUCGAAAAAGAGGGAAACCUUGAAUUGGAAGAGGUCGCUGGACCGAAACCCUGUGAAAAGGAGUCUGUCAUGUAGACUUGCACAAUAUUUCAACACACUUUCCUUCCCGACCUGUCUGAUCUCACUAAAUCAAUCUCUGCAUCCACACAGUGACCGUGAGAGAGAUACAGGUUUAGAUUAAGACAGGACAAAGACUACAUCCUUUUGACCCUCCUCUAUGCCCAGCUCUUUAUGAAAGGAGUCUGCCAAAACGUAUGCACAUUUAGAUGGAAAAAUGCUUGAACAAUUAUUUAUUAGAUGCUGGUCAGACAUUUUUGAUUUUUUCUCUUUUUAUAUUUGCUUUACUCCUUUUAUAUAAAAAAAAAAACUCAGUCCGGCCUUUUAAAAUAAUCUAUUUAUAUUACUAUAUUAUUACACAUGCCCUAAUAGUUCUGAUUAUAUGCUAUUGAGUUAAACCUCAGAACACCUUUUUCAUGCAAAACAUCUCCUAAAAAGCCAAAGCAUCCGCAGAAUCGGCUUUAUGGUCCGUUAUGCUGAAAUACCUCAUUCAUGCUGAUUCCCUUUAUACCACCUCAGGCUCCUCAGAUGUAGGUCCAUCUAACAGGUGCUAAUACCUUCACUAAACUUGCUACUAGAGGAGCCAAAAGAAUGGUGUAGGAAGCCUGACUGACAGUCAAGAAACAACAUCUUACCUUCUGCGUCUUUGUCUUUAUGCAGUUACUAUUAGAUUUCACGGCAGGCUCUUUGGGGUCAAGUUGUAUCCUAAGGUCAGACAGGAACGUAAGCACAAUGAUAUAUGGGUCAUAUUCUGUUAACACCAUUAACUGGUGAAUGUUUAACUGUAAUCAGUAGUUGAACUGGAUUAUUUAUUCAGUUUAUAUAUAUAUAUAUAUAUAUAUAUAUAACCUAAACACACCAGCAGAAGGAAGGUAUCGGGCGACAGGGUGAGAGACAAUUGCCAUUGUACUGUGUGUUGACCAAAUGUUUGUCACAGUGAUGAGAAGAAAGACUUAAUAGCCCAUUUUUGUAGAAAUCAGUUUGACUUCUAGUUGAUCGAUGAAAGGUUAAAUCUGACCAAAGAAACAUUUCUAAUUUUUUAUAUUAAUUUAACAACAUAUAUUCUUAAAAUAUGGGGUUUUGGUGCGUGUAAUCUGCAUAAUUAACGGUCUCUCAUUUCUGUUCUGUUUUAUGCUCAAGUUGUAUUUCAAAUCACAGGUGUAUUAUUUCAAAUCUCACAGAUGUUCUGCAUGACUGACAUCACUCCUUUAAAAGCCAGUACUGUAAAGGCUUCUCAUUCCAGGCGGCUGUAGCGUAGUCUGUGUGCGAGUUUAAUGCGUGGUUGUGUCAUAAAUGGGCUGCUUGAUGCCAAAGAGUACGGUUAAGAAAACUAGUGAAUGUACUCCACACAGACUGUAGAAUAAAGUCUUUUUUUAAAUAAA